AUGUGGCACUGGCAUCCGAGCGCGCCUGUUUGCGGCAUUUCGGAGAGUAAUUAUGGCAGCACCGCGAGGUUCUUGAGGAGUACAGUUGCAGUUGAUGACUCCGUGGCGCUGCCCGUUCGUGCAACAGCCGAGGCUGCUGCGUGGCCCUGCCACCGCUGGGAACCACCAUUUAUUCGGUACCUACAUGUCCGAUUUGACCAC